AUGACGACUAACUAUUUAGUGCCAAACACUAAACCAAUUAAUGGAAAUGUGUUUCAUUCAUUCGAAAAGAUAAAUGAAAUAUUCGCAAAGAAUGAUGGUAGAAGAUAUUAUAGAGAACUUGAAAGUUCAUGCUAUGACUCUGAUGCUCCAUAUUUUGAUGAUAAACAAACUCAUUUAAGAAUUACAAAUCCGGCUCAUGAUGUGAACCAAUUAGGUGACACAUAUAUUAAACGCAAAGUUAAAGCAACUCUAGUUUCAAAUAAAGCUUUCACAUGUGAUGCCGCUUUUAAAUGCAUGCGUUUAUUCGUUGGUUACAAAUCAUCAAAUCAAAGCUUUAAACAAUUAGAAGUAGAAACCGAAAGAGGUGAUGCCGGUUAUCUUCAGAUGGAUUGCGCCCGUGAAUCUUUCGCAUUUGCAACAUAUAAACCAAAAUCAGAAAGGAAAGUUAAAAAGUUUGUUCAUUCGUUAUAUAAUAAUGUUCAAAAAUAUGAUAACUCAGUAUGUGGUAA